AUGUCUUUUCUUUUCCGAAGAAACAAUACCUAUAGUCCCGACAAGGAUAUUCCAGACCUCGCGGGGAAGGUAAUCUUGGUAACUGGAGGAAAUAAUGGUUUGGGUAAAGAAACCAUCAAGCAGUUGGCAAAGCACAACCCCGCAAAGAUCUACAUGGGCGCGCGCAGCAAGGCAAAAGCUUCUGCUGCAAUUGCAGAGCUGAAAGACCAAGUUCCUUCCGCAAACAUCAACCAUCUCGAAAUCGACCUGGCAUCUUUCUCUUCUAUUAAAAGGGCAGCUGCCACCUUUUUGGCGGAGAACGAGUGUCUCCAUAUCCUCGUGAACAAUGCUGGUAUUUUCGGCACUGCGCCAGGGUUGACAGAGGACGGGUACGAAGUACAGUUCGGCACCAAUUACAUAGGUCCAGCGCUAUUCACCGAAUUACUGCUACCGAUCCUGGAGAAAACAGCUAGCAUUGCUGAAACCGACGUUCGAAUUGUCAACAUCAGCUCGGAAAUAUAUACCUUGGCUCCCAAAGGAGGGCUUCUGCUCAGUCAAGAUAAGACGCCACUAAGGGAGAUCAGUUCCCUGGCCCGCUAUGGCCAGUCCAAACUUGCAAAUAUUUACUUCACCAAAUCUUACGCCAAACGCUAUCCCGCCAUCAAGUCUGUGGCCUUACACCCGGGCCUCGUCCGGACCAAUAUCGGUGGUGAAAUGAAGGGCUUCUCUAUCACGUCGCUUGUUUUCGGCCUUCUUAAUAAAGUGAGCUCUGUCGAUGUAGCCACGGGGGCCCUAAAUCAGCUUUGGGCGAGCACUUUCCAGUCAGAAAAGGUCAAAAGUGGCGCAUACUACAUUCCAUUCUUCAAAGAGAGUAGUAGGCGGGAUAUCACCGGGGACGAGAAAAGAAUGGAGGAGUUGUGGGAAUGGACUCAAAAGGAAUUCAGGGAGCAUGGAUUGUAA